UGUUUUUCUUUUUGGCGCUCAACUCAUUCAUUCUUUCAUUUAACUGUCAGCCGACCCCGUGCUCGUGCGGUUUUUAUAUAAUUGUAAGUCGACAAAUAAGUACUUAAAAUAAAACCAUGAAGCCACCGUAUAAAAUCGCUGACGAGAAGUUGGCGGAUCUGGGCCGCAAGGAGAUCAUGUUGGCGGAGAAAGAGAUGCCUGGUCUGAUGGCAUGCCGCCGCAAGUACGCUCCCGGCAAGGUGCUCAAGGGCGCGCGCAUCGCCGGCAGCCUGCACAUGACCGUGCAAACUGCUGUACUUAUUGAAACCCUCGUUGAGUUGGGAGCGGAGGUUCAGUGGUCCAGCAGUAACAUCUACAGCACACAGGAUGAGGCUGCCGCCGCACUCGUAGCACGGGGUAUUCCCAUAUAUGCCUGGAAGGGGGAGACUGAGGAGGAAUAUGUUUGGUGUAUUGAGCAAACUCUUAUCUUCUCUGAUGGAAAGCCUUUAAACAUGAUCUUGGAUGAUGGUGGUGACUUAACAAACUUGGUACAUAAGAAAUACCCUCAGUUGUUGGAAGGUGUUAAAGGUCUAUCUGAAGAAACUACCACAGGAGUACACAACCUUUAUAAAAUGUUUAGGGAGGGAAGUCUCAAAAUACCAGCUAUUAAUGUUAAUGACUCUGUCACCAAGAGCAAGUUUGACAAUCUGUAUGGCUGCAGGGAGUCCCUUCUUGAUGGCAUUAAGAGGGCGACAGACAUAAUGAUUGCUGGCAAAGUGUGUGUUGUAGGUGGCUAUGGAGAUGUGGGCAAAGGAUGUGCUCAAGCUUUCAAAGGCUUCGGUGGGCGAGUAAUUGUAACUGAGAUUGACCCCAUCAAUGCAUUGCAAGCAGCAAUGGAAGGUUUCCAAGUCACUACCAUGGAAGAGGCAGCAGAAAUAGGCCAAAUCUUCGUUACAACAACAGGAAACAUUGACAUAAUUACCAAAGAUCAUUUCUUGAGAAUGAAAGAUGAUGCAAUUGUUUGCAACAUUGGACAUUUUGAUUGUGAAGUUGAUGUGGCCUGGUUGGAGAACAAUGCCAAGAAGGUGAACAUUAAACCACAAGUUGACCGUUAUGAGCUUGACAAUGGAAACCACAUCAUUGUUCUUGCUGCUGGACGUCUUGUUAAUUUAGGUUGUGCCACAGGACACUCCUCCUUUGUCAUGUCCAACUCCUUCACCAACCAGGUUUUGGCACAAAUUGAACUUUGGACAAGACACAAUGCUUACCCUGUCGGAGUUCACACUCUGCCCAAAAAAUUGGAUGAAGAAGUAGCUGCUCUGCAUCUUGACCAUCUUGGAGUAAAACUUACUAAACUGACCCCUAAGCAGGCUCAAUACAUUGGAGUACCACAGGAGGGACCUUACAAACCAGAUCACUACAGAUAUUGAAUAGACUUAUGCAGUAAUAAAACAAAUCAAAUAUACAUUUCUCUGUAUCACAAAUGUACGUAUAUUUUUGUAAAAAUGUGUACAUACGUAAGUCAAGCCUAAUGUAUCCUAUUACGAUUGUAUAAGAAUUUGAGUGAUAAAUGAUAAAAAUAAUUUUUCAUUGUACAGGAAAGCAUUUGACCAUAAAUGUUACCUUUAACUUCGUUCAGAAAAUGUCUUUGUAUACCAGCCAUACACAUUUCCAGAUAAUGAAAUAAAAUAAUAAGUGUGA